CGUGUGUUUGUAUGUCAGUUUGUGUGUGUGUGUGUUUAUAUGUGCAUGUGUGUUUAUGGAAUUUAUGUACACUGAUGUGUGCAUUUCUAUUUUUACUUCAUUGAUAUUUUGCAUCCAUCGCUCCACCCACCCUACCCCUGGCUUAGAGUGGGGACCAUGUUCUCCUCUUCCUCCAGACCGUCACUCACCUCCUCCUGGAGCUCCAUGGAGCAGACCGACACAUACGUGCUGGACAUCAGCACCAAGGUGCAGAUCCACGGGGUGUUGUGGAAAAGGCCCUUUGGACGUCCUUCUGCCAAGUGGUCUCGCAGGUUUUUCAUUAUUAAGGACAGUUUCCUGCUCUACUAUGCUGAAAAUGAAAAAAGGAACUUUGAGACAAAUAAAUUCUUCAACAUCCAUCCCAAAGGAGUUAUUCCACUAGGAGGAUGUGUAGUAACCCCAAGGGAAGACCAGGGAAUGCCUUUUGCAUUGAUGAUCAACCACGAGGAUUUCACAGGUAAUAUAGUUCUGGCAGCUGAGUCUGAGGCAGAGCAGAACCAGUGGAUGGAGAUGCUGCAGGAGUCUGGCAAAGUCACCUGGAAGAAUGCCCAGCUGGGUGAAGCCAUGAUUGAGAGUCUGGAGGCUCAAGGGCUCCAGCUGGCAAAAGAGAAGCAAGAGUAUCUGGAUAAACUAAUGGAGGAGACAGAAGAACUUAGUCUGCAAAGGGAACAGAAGGAGGAGCUUGAGCGAGUAAACCAGGUUCUGGAGGAGGAGAAGCAGAGGUUCGAGGAGGUUGUGCUUGAAUUGAGAACAGAGCAGGAUCAGAUCAAAUUGGAUUUGGAUGGCACAGCUAAGUCACUGAAGGGAGUGGAGAAUGAGAAGAAAGAGCUAAAUAGCUUGACCACACUCCUGCAGCAAUCACUUGAGGAGCUGUCUCAUGAGAAGCAACGCACUCUGGAGCUCCUCCAUAAGCAAGAGCAUGAGGAGGACAAAGGAGGGGGCCCAGAAGAUGAGGCCAAGGGCACCUCACCGGAGCCGGGGGAGGACUCGGAAGAGCUCCGAGAAAACACGAGUCAGCUCCAGGCAAACCUCUGUCUGAUAGAGGAACAGAUGAAGAUCCUGCAGAAAGAGAAGGAGCUAGCAGAGGCCAGGCUAAAGGAGAAUGAGCAGCAGGCAUCUGUGCUGCAGGAGGAGCGAGAGUUCUACUCGUCUCAGGCACGGACACUGCAGCAGUCUUUGGUGCAGCUCACUGCAGACAAGCAGCAGACAGAGGCCGAGCUCAAGGUGGAGAUGGAGACUCGUAUGGAGCUGGAGCGCAGACUGAAGCUGGCCGAAGAGGCUUUGCAGAGGCUGGAGCAGGGCCUCACCACCCUAGAGCCGGCGUGCGAACGCAACGAGAGGAUGCGUGGAGACGUCGGCCAUCUGAAGAAGUUUUUUGAGGAGUGCAUCUGUGCAGCAGAAAUUGAGGCCAAACUGCCGGCUAUCAUGAAGAAUGCUGUGUAUCUACAUAGAGCUGCGGCUCGUCGCAUCAAGAGCUGCCGUGUUCAGAGGAGAGCCUCCAGACAGCACUGGCUGAAGCACUCCCAGUCAUUUGUCCAUUCAUCUGACCAGAGCCCCAGCCUGGAGGAACUGAGAGAGACGGCGCGUCGCCUCACCUCUGACAGCAGCUUCAGACAGAAGGUCUACCAGAUCAUUGCUCGCCAAGAUUCUCGUGAAUCGGAACACUUUUAGGGGGGAGGCAGAGAGGGACAGAGGCGGGCAGAUAAACAGUGGCUUGUCUAAGAUGGUACUUGAAUCUGGUGAUGACUGGUAUGGUUAGAGUUCCCCCAUCAGAUUCAAUUAGAGUUUGGGAAUACAUUGAGUAUAUGUUACUGCAAAAGCCACUGAUUGCAAUAGGCUAGUACAAACUAUGGAUUUGGAUUAUGCAUAUUAGUGAUAUAAUAUUCCACAAGAAUUCCACAAGGACUAGCAAAGAUAUUAAUCAUUUUGGCAUUUAAAGCAUUUAAAGAGGACUUAUCAUGUUAAUUCUGGGGUCUUCUAAAAUAGAUUUACAUGUAAUGCUUCAAUGUUCCAAAAACACAUUAUUUCUCUCAUAUUGUACAUCUCUAUUCACCCUCUGUCUGAAAUACUAGGCGGGCAGUAAGGAUUGUUUUACGAGAUUGAGUCAUCUUGUUACAAAGAAAAAGGGCUGGAAUUCCAACUAAGCGUUUGAGGCUGCUAAGCAAAGUGGUUUCUGUGGGAGAGUUACUCCCUCUGGUGUGUACUUUGGGCUUUGUAACUUUGCUGAGCAUUUACAUGCCCCGAACGCUAAAGACAUACUAAAGGAAAGGGGAAAACCGGGAAAGCAUAAUAGGUCCUCUUUAAUGUCUUACCUUUCAAAACUAAAAACAUAUUAUUUUCGAAGGACCCCAAUGCUCAAAACGAUAACCGACUGUCAAAUAACCGACCCUGAAAUAAUUUUCUUCAUUUAUUUUUCUAGAAACCCGCUUGAUUCAGAAUGUGGAUUGAAGUCAUGGAGACAUCAAAGGUGUACACAAAUAUCUAGCUUAAUAACAAAAAUCCCAUUUGGUGGCCCAUGAUUGAAUUGUUUUGAGUGAUUUCUCCUUACAGACACCAGACACAACAUUACCCAUUAAAGACAGGUCUGUUUAUUUUGUUCCGCUUUGUAUUGUAUAUUAAUACACUGUUCAGCAUGUUCUAAAAAACUGUAUUUAAUUGUCAGUGCUGAUUGAAAUGGCAGCUUACCCUGCAUAUUGUUGGUUGCGAAUACUUUCCCUGUUCUCUAAUGUGUUGCUAAGGGGCCUGUAGAUGGUCAGGUUAAUGGCUUAAUCAUUAUGGAUUUUACAGUAUUCUCCUGUUGAAGAUAUUAUACCUCAAGGUACUUGUUAGUGUUAAAGAUUCUUUAACCAGAAGGUCUGGUGGUGUGAUGAAUACUAUCGUUAUUGUACUGAUUACCUUUUUGUCUAAGUGUUAUUAAAGCUGUGGUCUAAUCCA